UCGAUAUCUUUUUUAUUUUCUGAAAGGAUCAGAAAUACGCUUAGCUUUACCUCUACGCGACGUAUGGCUGUACAAAUACGAGGUAGACAAUACGUAUACGUACGUAUCUCUACCGCUACAGCCGUUCUCGCGAAAGCAAACCCUAGCGCUCUCGCGAAAAGCUCCUCGAUCCAUCUCCAUGGCGCCGUCGGCUUCCGACGUCCUGCGCCUCGACGGCAACGGGAACCCGAGGACGCUCCGCCUCUUCGCGUCGCUCGUGGAAGCCGAGUCCCGCCGCUUCGCCUCCUCUGCCGCCUCCCAACCCGCCGAGAACGACCUCGUCCGGGCGUUCCGCGGCGGCGCGACCCCGACCAUCCCCAUCGUCGAGUUCCUCGAGCGUCUCCAGCGCUGCAACUACUUGUUCGAUAGCGCCGUCUACGUCCUCGCGGCGGCGUACCUCGCGCUCUUCAUGCGCAGCCCCGCCGCGCUCGAGGCGGGGAUCGUCGUGGAGCCGGCCACGGCGCACCGUCUGGUUUCCGUGGCGGUCCUGAUCGGCGCCAAGUUCGUCAGCCCGAGGUACUUCGAGAGGCGGGUGGAAUCGUUCCAGAUCUGCUCGGGCCAGUCCAUCCGGUCCAGCGAGAUGUGCCCGCUGGAGUUGCUGUUCCUACGCGCCCUCAACUACCGCCUCUUCAUCGCCGACGAAGAAUUCCAGCGCUUCUUCAGGAUCCUGGAACGCCGUCCAGCUCCAGCACGCAGCAGCCUGGCUUGCGGAGCGACGAAGAGGAAGGCCCAGGACGAGGAGGAACCACGCCGCGUGCGAGCAUGCCAGCUCGCCGCCCGCUACGGCAUCUCAGGAUUCUUCAACCGGAGCUAAGUUCUCAAACUCUUUCUCUCACCAUUGCAUCGCUCGCAUUGGAUUUGAAUAUCAGUCAGACUCGAUCGUUUUAAGCAUUGAAUUGAAUCAUGUAAGGCAGGAUCUCAGCAUGCUUUCCUUCUGUCGCUUACUUGAUACUACUUACUGUCGUUUCUGUGUUCCCAAUGUAGGUUCUUUUUAUUGGAGAUCCAGCAGAGGGAAGGAGUUUGAGGACGCCGGAGAUCAAAUGCUCGCCUAAAUGUUGGGUCUGUCAGAUUGAGUACGACAAGUGUUAGUCGACUCAAGUCCAUUGUUCUCGUCUAGGUCUAGUCUUGCUAAGGAGUAGCGUGUUACAGUCAGUUAGUCCUUAUGUAGGGUUUUUCCCAUAUCAAUAAAGAGUAUUCGAUGUUUUGCCCGACGGCUUUUAGUAUCGUGCAAUUCAUGUGUCCAAAAAUUAUUUAGCCCAAAUCAGUCAUUGUGUAAGUCUGUUCAUCAAGGUUUCCAAGAUCAAUAAAGAGUAUACAUUUUGCUGGAUUUCAA